AACACUCCAAAUGAUGAUGAAUCGUUUUUGGUACCUUGCUUGUCUUGUAUUCGGAAGUCUGAUGCUCGUGGUGCAUCAUGCCUCUUCCCAAGAAUCUUCUUUUUCUGUAUCACUUAGCAGCGUUGAACCUGUGCUCCCGUGUAUAUAUCGUGGAAUUCCGUUUCUUCACGGCGAAGUGUGGGACAUAGGCCCUUGCGAAACAUGUACGUGUGAUAACGGCACUACAACAUGCAAUAUUGAAUCGUGUCGACCGGUAUUCUGCGCUGAACCCCUUGAACGGCCAGGAGAAUGCUGCGCUUUCUGUCCGUACGACGUGACCGUGCGUAAAGUCAAACCUACCAUACGGAGUAAAAGCAAUGUGACGACAAACGGUGACGCAACACUAGUUCUUGCGGUAGAAGUCAAAUUUAGAGACACCAGAAAGAAGACAGGAGUGAGCGGUGAAUCUCUCUGGGAGUUGUCUGCCUGGAUUGCUCCUGUAAACACUACUCACAGUAACACGAGGCUGGAUUUCAACGAGCAAGUUCUCAAUGUUGAUCAAGCAUCGCAGUGGUACAUCAAAGGAGAUCAAUUCAUCUUUCGGGACGUCGUGUAUCCCUCCAGUGCUCUGCCUUUAAACUGCGACGAGGCCAACGUCUGUGUUGAGCUUAAACGUGGACAAAAUGCAGUAGCAACCGAUGAUCGUCCUUUCCAUGUUAGCAGUCUCCCCAAAAGGUCUACAUCGUUGAUUGGCUGCACUUCACUAUGUACUGACGUGACGGUGCGUAAUGUCAACCCUACCAUUCAAAGUCAACGUAGUGUGACAUCUGACGGUGACGCAACAAUAGUUCUUGCAGUAGAAGUCAAAUUUAGAGAUGCAAGAAGUACGACAGUGCAAGGCGAAUCUCUCUGGGAGUUGUCUGCCUGGAUUGCUCAUAAGAAAAAGAAUAAAAGUCACACCAGGAUAGGUUUCACCGAGCAAGUUCUCAAUGUUGAUCAAGCAUCGCAGUGGUACAUCAAAGGAAAUCAAUUCAUCUUCCGGGACGUCGUGUAUACAUUCGUUGAUCCGUCUUUAAACUGUGACGAUGCCAACGUCUGUGUUGAGCUUAAACGUGGAAGAAAUGCAGUGAUAACUGAUGAUCGUCUUUUCAAUAUAAGCAGUGAUCAAGACAGCUCUACACCGUUUAUUGGCUGCACUUCACUGUGUACUGGUAGGAAGUAGGCCAAGCUAUGAAGGCCAAGGGACCAGGGUAGAGUGGCGACUGGUAGGGAAGAGGGGGGCAUCAGGCUUAUCGGGUGGGCUAAAUAGUCGGACUUAACUAUACCAUUAAUGUUAACUUUUUUUAUUACGGCAUGAGCGGUUCUACAUUAAAAUUUGAGGAGGGUGUAAUGUGGUGGAGGCUUGGGGUUCUUGCAUUUCUUUUCUAUACUUUUUUUCGGAGUAAAUUCGAAACCCCUACAGAUUAUAAUAUUAAUAUAUGUUAGAAUUCAUUCUUAAUCAGAAAAAUUCAAGAUGUCUGUUUUCUGAAUUUCUUUGAGGAAACUUUUUUUUUAAGACCAACAAUUUCCGCAAAAUAGACCAGUUCGUAGUUUCCAUAUAUCAAUAAUAAUGAUCCCAAAUAUCCUCAGAUCUUUUACCAAUGGAGUAGUCCCAUUUCGUGCAAUUUAGAAUUAUCACCGCAAAAGUAAUAGAUUUACUUCAUGAAUACAUUUUGAUUGCUGUGUUGAAAAGAAUAAUUCCACCAGUGUUCCAUAGAAUUUCAUGUCAGUGCAUAAACGAAUGAUUACUACAUACAUUUCUGAAAUGGGUUUUAUAAUGCUGGUACAAAUUAUAUUAAUCUGCCAAUGCGCAUUAUCUUAUCUACCAACUGGCUUAUUGCUCUGGAAAUUACAUAUUUACAAGGUCACCAUACCUUAAAUAGGAGUAAGAGUAAAGCCUUUCAACAAAAUGGGAUUAUUUAAACUCACAUUUGGUAAUCCAAAUCGAUCAGGAAGGCCAGUGGUGGAUUCAGGGGGCACCCGAAAAACGUGCACCUCCUCAUCCCCAAGUGAAGAGAGAAAAAAUAAUAGGAGAGGCAUGGGCCGAUAACUAUUUUAGGGGUGUGUGCUUGUAGGAGGUUUAUCGAUGAGCCAUGCAUAAUAUGUGUCUUACCAAACAACAAUUAAUGUUGCAAUUCGCAUGCUGACUAUUCAAAUACAAUUAUUCGUAACAGGUGAAUGAAAUAGUUUGUAACGAGGCACUUUACAAUGAUGUGUGCAUGAAGUUUGAUUAAACGAUAUUGGUCUAUAAUAGUACAAAAUAUGAUAACAGGUAACACACACACCCACGUUGGCAGGAAGCAUCCAUAAAUUUGAAUAUACUUU